AUGAGAAGUUAGUUUUUCCCUUUUUCCUUUCCCCUCAAUUUCUACUUUAUAAAGUUCCAGCUGGACUUUCUUAAGAACACGAAUUAUUUUAGGCCAAGUUUGAAAAAUCACAAAAUCGAGAAUUUAUGCACUUUUUUCAAAAUAACCUCGCAAAAUGUUUUGAGAUAAGAAUCCUUGUUCUUUUUUUUCCUCACAAAAAAGAUAACAAAUUCGUUCGUUUCCUAAAAAAUAAAAGUUGUUCGUGUAAACGCGCUCCAUUGAACUAAACCAAAACAACACAAAAUCCGUGACUAGUUAUUAAAAGUAUAUAUAUAUUUCCCUCUUUUUCUAGCUAGCUAUGCGACUAACUGAUUUGCUAUAUUUUGCCGUUUCCAAGGGUUUGUUAGGCUUGAAAAAAAAGAUUAUUUGAUGAUUCUGGGCUCUCAAAUGAAAUUGAGCUUUUUAUUAUUAUCUUUCUAGUAGAUUUUUACUCGCUGAUCACGAUCGUGUUGUCGAAAACUGAAUAUCUCAACUUUGAAUUCGAGCUAUAACGUGACAAAGUUUGCGACUUAAUGAGCCUAUACGAAUUAAUGUUCUUGAAUAAAUCAUAUUUUUAUUGAAUUUCAUUAAUCUGUAAAGGCCCAUAAAGUCACACACUUUGCCACGUCAUAACUCUUAUCUAAACUUGCUAUAAGCAUUUUUCACCAACGCGAUCGUGAUCAGCGGCUAUAAAUCUACGAGAAAAAUAUGAAAAAUCCCGACGAGAUUCCGGGUUAAUUUCCUCGCGAAAAAUCCAAUGUUUCUGUUUUUCCAGUUCGAAGAAUGCCGUGUCGACCGAUUGUUCUUUCCGGACCAUCCGGCGGUGGAAAAUCGACGAUUUUGUCGCGAGCCAUGAAAGAGUAUCCGGAGAGUUUUGCAUUUAGUGUGUCACGUGAGUAAAUAUGGGUUGUUAUCAUUGAAAAAUGACCAAAAAAAUGAAUUUAUCAUCAUUUUUAUUGUUUUUUUUUUUUGAGUAUUAUUAUUCAAUACAUAGUUCAAGAACAUGAUUUUUCAAUGAAAAAUUCGAAUUUCUCAUGAGAAACUUGGAAAAAAGCUUGAGGAAUCUCUAGAAAUUACACUUUUUCUUCAAAAUUUCAAAAUUUUCAAUGUCUAUUUUCAUAGACUCCUUCUAAAGUUUGUACUUGAAAAUUAGAAAUCUAUAAUUUGGUUCCCAAAACCCCCCAAUUAUUUGCAGACACAACACGUCAACCACGCGAAGGCGAAACCCACGGAACCCAUUAUUAUUUCACCGACAAAAUCGAUAUGGAGGAAAUGAUUCGACGCGGCGAAUUCAUCGAAUAUGCCACUUUUGGUGGAAACACCUAUGGAACCAGCAAAAAAGCGGUCGAAGAAGUCGAAAAAACCGGAAAAAUUUGCGUUUUGGAUAUUGAAUUGCAAGGUGUUCGGAAUAUUAAACAAAGUCAUUUGGAUGCCAGAUAUAUUUUGAUUCGCGCACCUUCAAUUAAAUUAUUGGUUAGUGUUUUUUUUUGGUGAAAAAUGCCUCCAAUCGCUAAUGAUCAUAUUUUCAUCACUCAAUUUUGAGAAAUGAAAUUUUUGAAACGUAUGUUUUUCAGGAAGAACGCCUUCGUGCCAGAGGAACUGAAACCGAAGAAACACUUCAAAAACGUCUGAAACACGCUGAAGAAGAUCUUAUUGAAGGUUGGUCAUUUUUUUAUUCAAGUUGUAUGAAAAUAACUGUAUGAAAAUUGUGAGAAAAUUGUAGAAAUUGAUUUCUGAAGCUGAAAAUUGUACUAUAAAAAUAAGAAAAAAAAACAAAUGGGCUUACAUGGAUUAGAAACUAUAUAAAAUAGAAUUUUUCUUGAAUUGCAUCGAUUUUUUACCAACAAAGUAAAAAAAUCAACUGUUUCAACAAAAUUUUAUUUUUGAAUUUUCCAGUCGAAAAAAAUCCGCAUCUCUUCGACAAAGUGAUAAUCAACGACGAUUUGGAGCGAGCCUACAACGAAUUUAUCGACACAAUUCGCGAUGAUCUCGAAAAAACGGCGAAAAUCUAA